AAAAUGUUCUCUAAAACCCUUCUCUCCCUCUUCCUCUCCGCCUUCCCCUACUCGACAGCUCUCGCCCACCCAUCAACAUGUCCCCUCCCACUCUCCUCCAUCCUAGACUACGCCUGCCCUUCCCCGCCAGAACCCUACAUAGUCAAGCCCAGUCCCGGCAAAGGCCUCGGCGUGUUCGCCUCGCACAGCCUCGAAACCGGCUCGAUAAUCAUGCGCGAAGCCCCCAUCCUAAGAAUCAGUCCUCCGGACUCCACCCAAGGAUCAGGGUACCCGCUAUCCGAAGUGACGAAGCUCGUGCGGCAGGAAUUCGAACGCCUCUCGCCAGCCGAGCAGAGCGAAGUCCUCGGACUAACAUACCACACGCAACCAGGCGAAAAGGAGAAAGAAGACAAAGAUGAAGUACUCGGCCUCAUCUUCAGAACCAACGCCUACAACACCGGGUCUUCCAUCGGCCUCUUCCCCAAAAUCGCGCGCAUCAACCACUCCUGCCGGCCCAACGCGGCGUACUACUGGAGCGAGAAGUUGAACCGCCGCAUCAUCUACGCCAGCCGGCCAAUCCUCCGUGGCGAAGAAAUCUCCGUAUCCUACAUCCCGCUCCUUCUGCCUCGCGCAGAGCGCCAGCAAAGACUCCACCGCUACGGCUUCACCUGCUCCUGCUCCGCCUGCGACCAACAACCCCGCUCUGUCGCUCUCUCUGACACGCGCCGCACCGACAUCCACCACGCCUUCCAAGCCUUUCAGCCGCACCUCUCGCUCUCGCUACCCCGCAAAACGGCCUCCUCGCUACGCAAGGCGCGCAAGAACGCGGCAUCGAGUCUGCAGCUCGCCGAGCUGGUGGAGCAAGAAGGGCUCGCGGACUACUACGCCAAGGCGUAUCGGAUUGUGGCGAUUAGCCAUGCGCGGGUGGAGGACUGGGAGCGGGCGACGAUGUGGGCGAACAAGGGGUUUGAAAGGAAGGUUAUGGAGGAUGCGGGGAGUGCGGGGACGAUGGAGAUGUUUGAGUUGACGAGGCGGUUUGUGGAGAGCUGGGAGGAGCAGCUCAAGAAUGCGACGCGCGGACAGUGAGGUAAUGGGAGCGAGCGGACUGGGUUCGCGAAACCAAAUUUCGUGCGAGCAGGCGCGGCGUGUUGUCGCUUUGAUACCUGCUAAAUCGCGAUCGUAUGAUGGAUGAAGGAAGUGUGCAGUUGCUACGAGGAUAUUGGGCUAGUGUAGCACGAAGACCAGAGGGGGCUGGGAAUUGACACGAGAGGGCGAAGAUGGGGAGUAAGACUCGGGUAUUAGUAUGU